CUUCUCAGUACAGCACUUCCCUGUCCCACUGGGCCUUCUGCCUCACUGCACUUUGGAAAACAAAUUUAUUUGAUGAAUUGCCAAAUGCCGUGUUUUGCUCACACCCAAAAACCACACCCCUCCCUUAAGAGGCCGUGUAAGUUGUGGGCCUGCUCCUUCAGGGGGAUUUGGGUCUUCUCAUAGCACAGUAAGAACAUGAAGGUUUGGGGCCAUGUUCUCAGGCAGUGCAAGUAACUGUACUUACCUGUACUUUUUAGGUCAAAACACAGGGUUAAUUGUUAAUGACACAUUUACAAAAUCAGUUGUAAGUGUUGUUGUAGUAGUCCUCUGUGAGAUGAAGGUUUGAGUAUCUUACUGCUUCUAGCCCCUCUUAAUGGAAUAAUUAUGUUUAGCUGUUCAGCAACACACUGAACAAAAAGAUCAAAAAGCAGCAUUUAGUACCUCUCCUUAACCCUGUCCAGCUUGUGAAGGAUUGUACCAAGAGAAUUCUUUUGCUGUUCUCACACUGCAUAGCUUUUGGUAUUGGUAAAUGCUAUGUGCUGCACAAGGGCAAGUUUGCAAAAAAUGACUGCAACAGAUCUCAGUGCAAGAGUCCACUGAAGGAGGAAGGUGGUUGUUUAUUUGCAAAAGUACUCUGUAAACUCAUUUUAUAAAUUCAAGUUUAUUUUCUCAGAUUUUAGUCACUCACAAUAUCACAACUUAAUACUUGCAAGCAUCAAGAAGAAUGUGCUCAGGUGGUCUGCCCAAAAUCAGAGCAGACAAGGACCAUAAGCUGUCCCAUCCUCGGUUUCUCUGCUGGGUUGCUCUCAGUUGGUGGUGGCAGGGUAGGUUUUGGCCAGGUCUGCUGUGCUGUCUCCACCCAACAGCUCCUAUAAUGCCAUUUUUUUCCCUGUGAAUUCUGCUUACUUGGUGCUUUAUGAAUCUUAGGUGGUUUUUUUUCCCCAUUAUAUUCAUUUUCCCAUGUCUUCAUCAUCUGCCACUCUUGGAGCAAGGGGAAGGAAGCAGGUGUGGAGAGACUGGUGUGACCUACUGUCCAUCCUCCUGCUCUCAGAGCAAGGGUUUUCCUGUGGCAGGUCACCAGUGCUGGGCCUCAGAUGAGUGCUGGCCUUGAGGGGCUGUAAACAGGACCUAUCCCAGUUUUAUUGCUGUUAAUGAUCUUGGCUGUCAGUGGGUACCAUUGUUUUAACCUUUGCUCUGUUCUUUCUUCUGGUGCUUUCACACAUAUCUACAUUAAUUCUUUCUGCAGAUCAGCCAGUAUUUCUGUGUUUCUGUCCCAAACUCUACAUCUUUAGGGUGCUCAUGAGUCACAAACCAUGAAUGUUAUCAGUGGUGAUACAGCAACCCAGUGAUAACUCCACUCAAAAGGCCCCAUUUCUAUUCAUCACACAGUCCUAGGAACACCCUGGGAUCCAUGGCUUGUUUCCUUGACCUCUCAAUGUCACUCAGCAAAGUUUGGAUACAGCUUUGUAAGCUUUAGUUAUGGCACUUCUGUUAAAAUGAUUUCCUCAUCCUGAUUGCUCCCAGCUCACAGCAGCCCUACACUGGCAGGGAUCAGUUCAGGUCUGGUUUUUGGUUUCUGGUAAAGACAGCGGAGGACCCACGUGUGAUAUACUGAGUAGUCAAGCCAGGAUGAGGAGUUGGUCUGCUCACCACCAAGCUUCACACCUUUCCAGCAGCUUCACUGUUAAGGAUGAGCUUCCCUGAACCACAUAUUUUAGGUGGCCCCAGCUACCUGCCUUUAACCUUUCACCAGAUGUCACGGAACUGUGAAGGAGAGUCACAGCUGGGAGUCACAUCUCCAUCAGCCCCCUUCAGGUGUGCUGGACAUGCUCCUCCUGAACACAUUGUCCUUGACUUCACAGUGCAGGUUUGUGAUCACACUGAGGCAGCUGCUAAGAAAAAGGUUAUCUGAGGUGCAGUGGCAGCUAUACUUCCGAAAAUGCCUCCAGAAUUUAAGUGAGCCACAUACAAGCUCAUACCUGCUUGCCCAGCAAACUCUGCAUUGCACAGUAGCUGCAUUUCCAGCCCUUUGGCAGCCAGCACAUUGCUGUGCUGCACAGCUCAGCUUACACCUGACCCUUUAUCCGACAGUUUAACUCAAGCUCCAUAGGCUGGGCAUGAUCAAACUUGUAACUUUUCAGCCACAGCUGUAGAUUUAUUUCUCAAAAUGAGUUUGUUCUAGUACUCCCUUGUGAAGCACAGAACGAGUAAUCUUUCAGAACAGGAGGAGAAAAAAUGCCCUGGCACUGAGGCAUCACUGCUUGGCACAAUCUGUGUCUUCUCCAUUCUCUCUGCUGCUGUUGCCCGGUUUAUCCCAGCACCUCCAGUCCUGGGCCAGCUGUUCCCAGCGUUCCCAGCACCCGACCCCGCUGCAACUCUGCGGCUCUGACGGGUUCAUGGCCUUAAGCUCUUGCAGCUCCUGCCUCCACGCAGCAUUGCACUGUAAACAUUUACCUUUGCCUGAAACCACUUCAGAAACUACAGAGGAUAAGAAAGUAAGAAGAGAACGAGGGACGUUUCCUCUGCUUAAAAUAAACCUCCUUACACCCCUUUCUCCUCACCCCUCUACAAGACAGCUGAAACGUGACAACCCCACUGCUGUAGUCCUUAGUACUGAUGACUUCUUUAUUGAAAAUGGUGUCUACGUCUUUGAGCCUGACUUCCUAGAGGAUGCACACAAGUGGAACCAGAAAAGAGCACGCAAAGCAAUGAAGAAAGGGAAAAGCCCGGUUAUUAUUGAUAACACCAACAUCCACGCUUGGGAAAUGAAGCCAUAUGUGAUGAUGGCACAUGAAAAUAGAUAUGAAGUUACAUUCCAAGAACCAGAUACACCCUGGAAGUUCAAUGUUCAAGAGCUGACAAGAAGAAAUAUUCAUCAUGUCCCUCGGGAAAAGAUACAACGGAUGAAAGAACAAUAUGAGCAUAAUGUCACCUUCCACAGUGUUCUCCGGUCUGAAAAACCAAGCAGGGAUGAGGGAAGCUACAGUGGAGCAAGUGCAGCUUAUGGGACAGGUCCCCAUCCCACCCACCUUCCUGCCUUCCCAAGGAGGAGACCGGGCAUGGCACGUACCAAUGUGACAUUUAACUGAAGCUGUGCAUUCCUUGGUGUUUUAAUUAUCAGGGUACAAGAGCCUCUAGUUUUACAUUUUUUUCUAAACUGUUUUUUAUUUUUGUGUUUUUCUACUAAAUUCCUAAAUUACUUUCUUACAAAUCGUUAAAUGGCAUUGGACCGUGAUCUCACAGCUCUACAUCAACACUGUAAGAGCACUGUACUCAGUACAAUCUGUACUUUUGUCUCAUCCCUCUUCCUCCAUGAAAAUCCAUCCAGGCAUAUGUGAAAUGUACUGGGCUCUACCACAUGCCACAUUUUGGGUAUUUUUUUCUGCAUCACAGUCUGACACUAGCAGUAAACAUUCCUAACUUAUUUCUGUCUUAAGGCCAUUGUGGCCAAUUCUUUCCCCACACAAUUGGUAUUUCUUGCCAUUUUAAUGCUUUAUAUCUGACUGUAUAAACUUUUUGUAUCUACUACUUGCCUACAGCAUUAUUGUAACUUUCAGAAGCAAAGUGAAUGAUGGUAGCUCAACAGAUUUUAGCAAGAUCUGAUGCUGUUCCCUCUCUCCACUGACUGGAUUCAUGCUGCUCUUACCUUAAACACAAACAGCUUCUCCAGCCUGCAAGCAAAACACUUCAACGAAGCAAACUUAGCUCUUCAUCUUGCCAAGACAUAGGAGUUCACUGAUCCCAAGAUGGAGAGGCUCCUAAAAUGAAACAUUAGUGUUAGGCUUGUGCUUGUUAACUCCUAAGUGGGAACAGGGCUACAGGAGCAGUUCUGAACAGCUGAAGCAGAAACACAGACCAAGGAGCUAUUUAAUAAUAACUCUGCAUGGCAUUUUGCUGUGAAUCAAAUAAUCAUAGCUGUUCUUUAAACCUCCCUUAGUGCUAUAUGGAAAGUCUGAGGAGAAAAGUACAAGAACUGUGCCAGAAUAGCAGAGCAACAUUUCAGAAUUAAAGUGUUCUGUUUGCUGAAAAUAAGAGAACUCUUUAUUAUGUCCUGUGCCACUUUGGACAGCCAAACAACUAUUCUAAUGUUGCAGAGGGUAACAAAACUGAUGGCUUUAGACUGAAACAAAGAUCCUGCUGUAAUGUAAGAACACAGAAUCAAUGGCUUACAAAAUGUCAUCAAACCCUCAGCCACACUGAUGUUAUUGUACAAUACAUCUUUGUGAGAAGUGUUUACAUACGAAACUUCAAACUAUUUUGCAAAUGAAGUGUUAUUUAAUAAAUCUGUUUUUGUAAUAGAACUUUAUUAAAUACAAUCAAGUUUUAAUGUACAAAGUGUAAAAAUAAUUUGAAUUUGAAAUAUAUACAAUACUGUA